GUGCGGGAAGCGGGCGGCCGCGGCUCCUCAAAGACAGAGGUAGAGACGGGUUAGGGGGCGGCCACAGUGCAGAGGGCUCAGUGGCAGCGAGAGCAUGCUCUCCAUGCAACAGUUCCCUGCCCUGCCUGCGGAGGAGGAGCGCUACCGGCAGGUCCUCGCCGCCAACCGGGUCUUAGGAGCAGAUGAAGAUAAUAUGGGGGAUGGUUGCUCUCAGAAACUGGCUUCUGCCAAGUUUCUUCGACUUUUACUCCUAAUACUGAUUCCGUGCAUUUGUGCCCUUAUCCUUUUGUUGGUGAUCCUGCUUACCUUUGUAGGUGUGUUAGAAAAAACAUGCUUUUAUUCAAAUGGAAGCGAGGUCCUCACAGUUAAUGGUGACAUUGAAACAUCUGGUGAUCUUUUGCCAAACAUGGCUGAAAACAGUUCCAAGACUGAUCCCACAAUGGAUCUCAGCACACAGCCUUCUUCCUGGACCACCAUGCCUUUAUCCCACAUUGACCAAAUGAACAAGAACUCAAAUAUAUUUAGGGAGACUUUCCAGGAAAAUACUUCUGCUCUUGCAGCUCAAGCCACAGUGCUCAAUCCUCAACCUACAUAUGAUGCUGCUUUGGCAGGGGGUUCUGAAGACAGCACCCGGCCCUUUGCCGCUGUGGAGGAGGCAACUUUGUGGUCUACAGAUGCAUCCUUUAACAACACUAAGGGGAUGACCAGUCUCCCAGUAUUAAGUCCUACCCUUCCAUCCGUGUCACAAAAAAUGGAUGAGAAAAAAAGUGCCUGCAUAAAUAUCACCAACAGCCAGUGCCAAAUGCUGCCAUAUAACUACACCACUAUAACUUCAGUUCUUUCCAUUGUCAAAAGUAUUGAAAUGGAAAAGUUCCUGAAGUUCUUCAGUUAUCUCAGUCGUCUCAGCUGCUAUCAACACAUCAUGCUGUUUGGCUGUAGUCUUGCUCUUCCUGAAUGCAUCAGUGACGGUGAUGACAGUCAAGGUCUCUUGCCCUGCAGGACAUUUUGUGAGGAAGCAAAAGAAGGCUGUGAACCAGUCCUUGGUAUGGUAAAUGCUUCUUGGCCAGAGUUCCUGAAGUGCUCCCAAUUCCAAAACAAAACUGAAAAUGACACGACUACAAGGAUAUGCUUCUCACCACACCAAGAAAAAGGAAAGCAGUCACUGUGUGGAGGAGAGGAGAGUUUCUUGUGUGCCAGUGGAAUCUGCAUCCCAGGGAAACUGCAGUGUAAUGGCUACAAUGACUGUGAUGAUUGGAGUGAUGAGGUCCAUUGCAACUGCAGUGAUGAUGUGUUUCGUUGCGACACUGGAAAAUGCCUAAAUUACACGUUUGUUUGUGAUGGAUAUGAUGACUGUGGAGACCUUAGCGAUGAACAAAACUGUGAUUGUAAUCCAGUGACACAUCAUCAAUGUGGAGAUGGGAGAUGUAUAACUGCUGAUUGGGUAUGUGAUGGUGACCAUGACUGUAUAGACAAAUCAGAUGAAAUCAAUUGCUCAUGCCAUAGUCAGGGUCUGGUGGAGUGCAGAAAUGGGCAGUGCAUUCCUAGUGCAUUCCAGUGUGAUGGAGAUAAUGACUGUAAAGAUGGAAGUGAUGAAGAAAACUGCAGUGAAAGUCAAACCCUCUGUCAGGAGGGAGACCAGAGAUGUACUUCCUGUCCUGAUCCCUGUGGAACUUCUCUCUGUGAGAUGAGAAACAGCCAGGCAAACUGCAGUCAGUGCGAACCAAUUACUCUGGAACUCUGUAUGAACUUGCCUUACAACUAUACUUAUUACCCAAACUACCUGGGACACAGGACGCAGAAGGAAGCUUCUAUCAGCUGGGAGUCUUCUCUUUUCCCAGCCUUGGUUCAGACCAACUGCUACAAGUACCUUAUGUUUUUUGCCUGUACAAUCUUAGUACCAAAAUGUGACCCCUAUACAAAUCAGCGGAUCCCACCUUGCAGGACUUUAUGCGUACAGUCUAAGGAACGCUGUGAGUCUGUGCUUGGGAUUGUAGGUCUGCAGUGGCCAGAAGAUACUGACUGCACUCAGUUUCCAGAUGAGAACUCAGACAAUGAAACUUGUCUAACACCAGAUGAAGGUGUAGAAGAAUGCUCACCCAGUCACUUUAAGUGCCGUUCUGGGAGGUGUGUCCUGGCAUCCAGAAGAUGUGAUGGUCAAGCUGACUGUGAGGAUGACAGUGAUGAGGAUGGCUGUGGUUGUACAGAAAGGGGUCUUUGGGAGUGUCCUUUGAAGAAGCUGUGCAUCAAACACACUAUGAUCUGUGAUGGUUUCCCAGACUGCCCUGACAUGAUGGAUGAAAAGAACUGCUCAUUUUGUGAAGAGAGUGAACUUGAAUGUGCCAACCAUGAAUGUGUGCCACGUGAACUCUGGUGCGAUGGGCAAGCAGACUGCAGUGACAGCUCAGAUGAAUGGGACUGUGUUACCCUGUCUAAAAACAUGAAUUCCUUGAUGUUCCUGACCAUUCACAGGUCAGCUGCUGCUAACCAUGUUUGUGCUGAUGAGUGGCAAGAAAAUUUAAGCCAACUGGCCUGCAAUCAGAUGGGUUUAGGGGGACCAUCCAAAACAGAAAUUGUCAUAGAGAAUGAGGAAAUACAGCAUCAAAAAUGGCUGAAUCUGCACUCGGACUGGAAGAAUAAAAAUGCAUCCACUUUACAUGCUCUUCUAGCGAAUGGGCAGAUGUGUCGAAGCAGAAGCAAAGUGGCUCUCUUCUGCACAAAAGCAGACUGUGGCCGUCGCCCAGCUGCUCGCAUGAACAAGAGGAUCCUUGGUGGUAGGACCAGUCGCCCAGGCCGAUGGCCAUGGCAAUGCUCCCUGCAGAGUGAGCCAAGCGGACACAUAUGUGGCUGUGUUUUGAUUGCAAAGAGAUGGGUCUUGACAGUAGCACACUGCUUUGAAGGGAGAGAAAAUGCAGCUGUUUGGAAAGUAGUGUUUGGGAUUAGCAAUCUUGAUCACCCAUCAGUCUUCAUGCAGACCCGACUAGUGAAGACCAUCAUCCUCCAUCCACGCUACAACAGAGCAGUGGUAGACUAUGAUAUCAGCAUUGUGGAACUAGAUGAGGACAUCAACGAGACAAGCUAUGUAAGACCUGUCUGUUUGCCCAGCAAGGACCAACUGGUUCGGCCAGAUACCUACUGCUACAUCACAGGCUGGGGACACAUGGGCAACAAAAUGCCUUUCAAGCUUCAAGAAGGAGAGGUUCGCGUCAUUUCCUUAGAACAAUGCCAGUCAUACUUUGACACAAAAACCAUCACCAGCAGGAUGCUGUGUGCUGGCUACGAGUCUGGCACUGUGGACUCUUGCAUGGGUGACAGCGGAGGACCACUUGUGUGUGAGCAACCUGCAGGGCGCUGGACUUUGUUUGGUUUAACAUCUUGGGGCUCUGUCUGCUUUUCCAAAGUUUUGGGACCUGGAGUUUACAGUAAUGUGUCACAUUUUAUUGAGUGGAUUGAAAGACAAAUAUACAUCCACACCUUUCUGCUAAACUAACUCCAGAUGGUAGGAAUUGUGCUGACAGACAAAAGAAAAACAGGAAUCAGCACUUCAACACUGAAGAUUUUGCAGUCUAGAAACUCAUGAAACAGAGUUUCAAGCUCUAUCUAUUCUUGUUGUGGAACUGUGGGAUACGCAGUGUAUGUUAAUGGUAAACCCUCUGCUGGUGAAUAUACUCUGGGGUAGAAUUAAUAAUCCUUUUGACUUCUCUUUUAACUGUGUUGUGGUGCUAUUCCAAACACAGUAAAAGGCUUAAGAGAAAAGAAUCAGCCACUUUCUGCCUUUCAGCUAUCCAAACUAAUCAGUAGCACAGACUAGAAAAAUCUUUUUAAAUAACGUAUUUUAAUACUAUUACAGUAGUAGCAUAUGCAUUUUCACUCACUUGUCAUGAUGAAUGAACUCUGUGCAUUCAGAUGGAACACUUAUCCACAAGGGCCACACCGGGCAUGGCCACACCACAUGCUGGAGGGUGUGGAAGAGGUUGACAAGUUUGUGCAUCCAUGUGGCACAGGCACAUCAAGGUACACAUGCCAGUCUCCACAGAUGCGUAGCUAUGUUUUCCUGGUGUGCCUGAGCUAAGGCAUUCUGUCCCUCAGGGCAGCUAACGUGCACAGGCGUAACCCUGCACCAUCCUGAUGCACAGCUGCUGUUCCCAGAGCCAGCCCGGACAUCUGUGUGGGGCAACGGAGGGACCAGUAUGCCAACAGACCUGUAACUACUGCUUGAGGCACCUGAGACCACAGCUCAGCUCUUCAGACUCUUUGGACAGUUUCUAUCACUUAAUUUUCUGAAGCUUCCAAUGCCUUGACAUGUCCAGGAACCACCCAUGUCUUGACAGCACGACACCCAUUAGCACAUUUGUCAGACCUGUGCCCUCCUGGUUUUUCCUCCAUUUUGUAUCGUGUGUUCAGCCUAUAAGGCAGGCAUUGGCCAUCUCCAGCCCUUUAAAAACAUAACAGAGUUGGCAAUGCCCCUACAAUGGUUUCCCCUCCCACAGUAAGCUAGUUUGAACACUUGGUUCAAUAUGGGGAAU